AUGUUUUCCUCAAAAAUAUUUCUAGCUUUACUCAUUCCUCUCGGAGUUCUAGGCACUCCUGCCAGUCUCGAUCAACGAUCACCCGGCAUCGUGACUCAGGCUGGCUCGCCUAAUGUUAUAGACACAAAUGGAGUAUAUAUUCGGGCAAGCUCCACCAACAAUGGAGGUUUGAUUGCGGGUUAUACCGCCCAUGAAAACAACCAAAGCAUUCUUAGGCUUGCUGGCUCCAGUGAUGGCGGUACUUCAUGGCACUUUGUUGGCGAAGUCUACCGUGCCGAUUCAACUGCUCAUGACGUUGAUAACGCUAUGCCCCUGCAGCUUCCCAGUGGACGUAUCGUAUACGCCUAUCGAAACCAUGAUCGCUCAGGAGGCUCUUACACAUAUUACCGAAUUACUGUUUCAUACUCCGAUGAUGGUGGCGCCAGCUUUCUUUACCUAUCGACCGUGGAGCAGCAAGCAGCCACCCCAGGUACCCCUAAUGGCCUCUGGGAACCUUUUCUCCGUCUUGCUGCAGACGGUUCGCUACAGUGCUACUACUCCGCUGAGAACAAUGCUAAUGACCAAGAUGGCUACAUGAAGCGCUCCACUGACGGAGGGCUGACUUGGUCGAACUGGAUCAAGGUCUCUGGAGGUGAUCGCACAUCGCGCGAUGGAAUGAUUGGCGUCGCGAAUAUCAAUAAUUCUGGUAAUCUAAUUGCCGUUUUCGAGAAUACAGAGUCAGGUCCCUUCUCUAUCGACUAUGUCUUGUCGCAUGAUGAUGGUAACUCAUGGGGACAGCGAGCGCGUCUCUAUACGGCGCGCAAUGGGAAGAAUGCAGGGGCUCCCCAGGUUGUCAAUGUUGGUGGCACCCUCGUUACAAGCUUUAUGACAAACGAGGAUGUGGCCGGCACCGGUGGCAAUGGUAUCGAUGGAGCCCAGAUGAAAGUUGUUACUAGCACGGACGGAGGCUCUACCUGGAGCGGAACCACUAUCACUGGUGAUGCGGGCUCGCACUGGCCCGGGCUGUAUACCGUCGAUCAAACGCAUUUCCUCGCACUCUAUACUAAAGAUGGCUUGGGAGCAGUCAGUCAAGAGUACCAACUGGUCAAUUGA